AUGCAGCAACCCCGGCGGGCACUCAGAUUCCACCAUGCCGGUCUCCCUGUUGCUGUCACACCAGAUCAGACUCCUGCCACCGCUGACAACCACAACGCCCCGCUCGAUCCAGUAGAACUCACCGCUCAUCCCGCCAUCCGCCGACGUUAUCGUCUCUCCGGGCCGGAAGAUGCGGCGCUCAAAGGCAUCCACAACCAUCCCCAGGCGGUGCUCCUGCAGGUGGGCAAAAAACGGCUGCUGGCGCACCAUCUGCAGGAGCACCGCACGCUCCUCAGGGGUCUUGUCUACGAGGCGCGGGCGGAACGUGCUGUUGCGGCCGACAGACUCCCCAACAAUGGCGUGGCGUCGCUUCUUCAGCCGGGCACGGCGGCGAAGCUCGAAUGCCUCGCCUCCGCCAGACCGGUCGCCUGCAGAGUUCAGCAACUCCCGCGGGGCGCCGGCGGUCUCCUCUGUUGGGAACAUGUACGACAGAAGCACCCUGCGCGGAUCGCUGUCUGUGCCCUCCGUCACUUGCGCCCCUGA